AUGGUUACGCUAUGCUUUAUACGCUGCACUGUCUUGACGCUGCUGUUUUGUGCUCUUUGUUAUCAUUCUAUUGUCUAUGCUGAGAUCACAAGUGCAAGCGUGACGCCGACGUCGUUAAAUGCUGGUGUUGUCACUAACGUUACUGUCGCAUUUACAAGUGAAGUUGCUAUUGAGGUUGAUGGAUCGGUGGUGCUUGAAUUUUCCUCUGAAUUUCAAGUAGCUAGUGAACCAUCGGUAGCUAUCACAACACCAGGCAGUACCACGACGCUGUCAGUUCUAUCAGUCUCCACGACACAAUUGUCAGUGUUGGUUAAAACGACGAAAAUUGUAGCCGGAAUAGCCUUUGAAUUUGUAAUUUACAAUGUGACUAAUCCAGCGGCACAGACAACGCAUGAAUUUGUUCUAUCGAUUUAUGAUCCAAGUAAGAUAUUGCUAGAAAGAAAUGCUGCUGUUUCUGGCGUUACUAUAGCAAGCACGUUGCUGUCUAAUGUGGAGGUGGCUCCUGAUGAUUUAAAUGCUGGUGUGACGGGAACUACAAGUGUAAUGUUUGCUAGUGAUGUGGAAUUACCAAUAGAUUCUCAAAUAGUUGUGACGUUUCCACGUGCCUUUACAGUGGCAUCCACAUUCCUAUCAUCAGUCAUAAAUAUUGAUAGCGAUAGCACAGUGACUUCAUCUAACUUCGAAGUGACCAUCACGGUCAAAGGCAGUGUGGUGACGGCAGGAAGCAACAUUUCAUUUAAGCUCGACAAUAUCACGAAUCCGGGCGCAAAGACGACAGGCACGUUCGCAGUGGCUACAAAAGACAACUUCUCAAGGGUUUUUCAGUCAUUGACAGCAAUCAAUCCAGUGAUGAUUGUAAGCACUACGCUUCUGAAUGUAUCAGUUGAAGUAGAGAAUUCCAUUGCUGGUGUCUCGUCAGAAUAUACUUUUGAGUUCACAAUGAAUGUUGAUAUUCCGAUUGGAGGGUCUGUGGAUUUGCUUAUACCAAUCGAUUAUUCGCUCUCUGAUAGUCUUACUGUAAUAGACUUGCUUACGUACAACAAUUGGACUCAAGUAAUAAAUGGACAAUUGAUAACCAUGAAUACAUUGGCUUCGUAUCCUGCAGGUCAGCAUCGAUUUCAAAUUCGUAAUCUCGAAAACCCAGGAACAAGUAUCACGGGAUCCUUUGAUAUCUCUACUAUGGAUGCAAAUGGAUAUCUUCUCGAGAGCGCGAAUUGUCCCGGUAUCACGAUUAAAUCGGGUAUGAUCACGGAUGCAGUAUUGACACCGCACUUAGCGCACCCUGGAAUAGUUUCUUCAGUUGAUAUUUCGUUUACUUCUUCUGCUGGACUAUCAAAAAGCAGUCUUUUGAUUCUACGACUUCCACUUGGAGACUACGAUGCAGCAGUGCCAAUUCUAGAUAUUAUGGUCAAAGCUCCAGUGAAUAUCACUGCUGCUGCCGCAUGGAAUAGUACAUAUGCCGCGAUGUUAAUCAUUCUCACUAGCUUAACAACCAUUGUGCAUGGUACUCGUGUCGAUUUACAAGUGACAGCAUUAGAAAUGCCGCAAUCGAUACGAUCUAUGUCAACAGCCGCUUCGAUUGAGAGCUGGAACGCCAAAGGUCUCAUACUGGACACUCCAAGUGUACUGACACUCCCUGCAAUAACUGCAGUUCAGAAUCUUUCUUGCACGUGGUACACGAACAUUCCAAAUCCUGGAAUAACUUCUAACGUUGUCGUCACUUUUCCGACCAACGGUAAGAUUCCUGAGGGUGGUAAAAUUAUUCUCCAACUUCCAAAAUUCGACUUUUACGCGAACACAACAGGCAAUGCUCCUGCCGUUCUGUUCACAUCUCCAAGCACGGUUGCUGCAACAUCAUCAUGGGAUUCUGUAAAUGCUGCUCUUGAGGUGAUCGUAAACGAUUCAAUCCCAGCCUCUCAAGUGAAUGUACAAAUGAUCAUCAAGGCACUAGAUACUCCUGCCUCAAUACGAGUAGCUCCCAUAAUCCCAGCCAUGCUGACAACUUUUGAUCCUUUUGGAGUUGUAAUAGAUGGCCUUAAUAUGCUUCAAAUGGAUGCCAUCACUGCAGGUUCAAUCUUAGGUAGUCGUAUUUGGACUGCAGUGAAUGCUGUGGCUGGAGUAACUAGCAAUCAGAUGAUUGAAUUCUUCAUUACGGGCAAAAUUGAAUGUGGUGGAACAUUUGAACUUUUACUCCCUGACGCGCAGUGGAAUAUGGCAGCGACUAGUGUAGCAACGUUUCUCGAGCCAGAUCUCGGAGAUGUUGGUUCAGUAUCGUGGAACAUGUCUAGUCGACUGAUGAUCGUGACUCUGACUGGAUCGGUAUCGAUCGAUUCUUACACUAAAGUUUCAUUACUUAUCCAUGAUGUCCUCAAUCCUCCUAAAGAGACGGGCAUUUACAAUGCAUACGUUACCACUAAAGCUCCUGACAAUGGUGUCAUUGAUGGACCGAGUACAUUAUCUGUCAUGACCAUUUCAAGAGGAAUCUUAGCAGGUGCGAAAGCUUGGUCGUGUAUCAAUACAACAAGUGCAAGCAUGCAAAGUGACCAGCGCAUAAGCUUUUCACUUAGCGGAGGUUUACCAAGUGGUAGCAUCAUUGUACUUACGCUUCCAACUGGUGGAUGGCGUAUCAUUAACAGCGCGACAGUGUCAGUGGCAUUUUCUUUGCCGGUCACAGGCAUAACUGUACAAUCGGCUGCUUGGUCUUCUACAACGUGUGAAUUACGAAUCGUUACAGCUGGAGAUAUGAGUGAAGGAACAUCAGUAGAGUUGAUAGUAAAGAACAUGAUCAAUCCGUAUACGAGCUUAGUCGCGAAUUAUUGCACAGUCACCAUGAUGCUACCAGAUUUUGGUGUUGUAGCUGAAUCGAAAGACAUUGUCGUGAAUGCAAUAUCGAGUGACUUGCUGCCUUUGGAAGGCACUUUUAUAUCGACGAUUUCUACUCCAGGGGUUUUAUCUACUCAGACAGUCUCAUUCACAAGUGGGGGUGAGCUUAAGUCUGGUGCAAUGUUUUGCCUUACAAUCACUGACGAAUGGACACUGUCGGCUUCCACGACUGCCUCGCUUACAUUGACUCCAAGCGCACAAAGUUCGUCACUAAUACUCACGCAUGAUACAACGAAGAGUGCUAUUUGUAUGCAAACUGCAGUAGCAAUUGAUCAAGAGACAGCGCUUAUCAUUGUCUUGACGGAUGUCCUAUCACCGCAGUCGAUUCGUCCGGAGCGACUUGCUACACUGGAGAUUCAGAGCCAUCUUGGUGGCAUCGUUAAUACAGGAUUCAUUCGAAUAAACGCAAUCACGAAGGGAGAAUUAAAGGGAUCACUUACAUGGCAGCCACUGAUACAAAAUCCUGGUCCUGUUGCUGGAUUAAAAACUUCUGCGACGUUAAGCUUCAAUACGACCGGGCGGAUCGCUGCAGGGGGGUCUAUAAUAGUCGAGCUUCCAUUUGAAUGGGUUAUUUCCUCCAUGUGUGAAGCGACAUUCCUUCACCCACCAGUGUUUGGUAAAGCUUCGUGUAGUCAAAACAACAUUAGCAUCGUCAUAUCUGACAAUCUCGCUGAAGCCUCAAAUAUACUCGUAUUGCUCACAGGCGUUUAUAAUCCUUCAUAUGUAAUGGCGGAAGGGAUAGCGUCUUGUCGAACGAUUGCAUCUGAUGGAGGAACGAUAGAUGAGAGUAGUAGUCUCACUACAGGUGCCAUUGUAGCUGCAGUAACAGGAAUUAAAAGCACGGGUGAUCCAUUUACAGCUGUAGUUGGACAAUCUAAAACGUUUGUGUUUGAAGGAUCUGCACUGGCGCAAAAUGAUGUCGUUAAAUUUGUCGACGCAAGUUCUACAAGUGAUGCGAAUUGCGGUGAGUCGACAACAGGUCAGUCCGACGUUGGUGGUGUCGGUAUUCAGUACUUGAGCGCAGACGGUGACAUCUCUGUCAAAUUUACGCAAUCGUCAAUAGACAAACACCCUUUUGUCAUUUGCUACAAAUUCGGUGACAACCCAUUCAAAUUGUAUUCAACGCUUAGCAUUGCAGUCAAGGAGAUUAAGUCGGUAAGCUCUGACGUUGGAUUGUCUAAUAUUGCGGUCGCAAACUUUGUGAAAGCGUGGACGUUCAAUGGCAAUGGUAUUUCAAUCGGAGAUCAGAUGCGAUGGGUCGAUCUUGCUAUUGUACAAGAUGCAGCAUUCACAACAACCUUACCAGAUUGUCUUGACACGUCAACACUAGCAACACUUGUCCCUUUGUCUUCUGCGCUGGAAUCUGGCUACACUCGUAUCAUUUCGAACAGUCCGGUUAUCUCAUUCGCCAUCUCAACGGAAAGUAGUGGUAAGACGUUUUGUCUAUGCUACAAAUUUGGAAGCGAGCCAUUUAUGAUUUAUCCAUCGAUCCAAGUGCAAGUAAAGCAUCUUAACACAAUCAAAACAACAUCCGUAGGAAGUGAUGAGUUCGUCGUAGUCCAAUCGCCAAAGUCGUUCAAAUUUCUUGGGAAUGGUGUUGCAUUGAAUGACCGCUUGUACUUUGUCGAGUUAGGGAGUGUAGCAUCAUGUAAAGACAGUGAUACGGACAGAUCCUUACAGUUGUUGUAUGAUAUUGGCGAGCAGAAACAAAGUUUAGCUUUUGUUGAUGAGAACUUUGUAGCAAUGAUCAAUUUUGAUGUCGAAGCUGCUGGAAUGAUAGUGACACCAUGCUAUCAAUUCGGCAUCGAGCCGUAUCAGCUCUAUCAUGACAUUCGACUGACUGUAAAAAUGAUCCAGCAAUACUUUGGAACUGUAGGAUCACCUCAUUUUGCUGUUGCUGACGUUCCGAAAGCACUUAGAUUUAUGGGUUAUGGUAUGAGUGGAGGUGACCUGGUACGGUGGACUUUGAAUCAGAAUAAAGAUUGCGCGACUGAACCUGCUACUUUAUCCGAACUCGUGACUUUAAAACCUAUCAGCACAAUUGCUUUAGAUGACGACAAUACAGCAACAUUCAACUUUUCUAGUACUCAGGACGAUUUCAAUCCCGUAUUGUGCUACAAAUUUGGUCAAGAAAGUUUCAAAUUGUAUGCUAAUCUUUCGAUUGCAAUCGGGACAAUCCGUGCAAAGCUCUCUCAAACUGGAGCCAAGGAAAUUGCCGUCGCAUAUUCGCGAAAAAACUUUACGCUUUAUGGUGCUAAUCUUGCUGCAGGAGACCGAGUUGGAUGGACAACUACAAUAGAUUCAACUUCCUCCUGUAGUAAUCUCAGUCUGUUAGUUCCUAAUUCAUUGAGUUAUGACGAUGACUUUCUCUCGUACGUCACUGAUACCAACACAGUUGGCGUCGCGUUUACGUCGCUAAGCUCUGGAAAACGAUUGUAUCUUUGUUAUGGAUUUGGUCAAGAGCCUUUUAAACUAUAUGAGCUUUACUUGGAUGUCAAGAGUAUCACAAAUAUGCGUGCGAUUGCUUCAAGUCAAAGUGCUGUCGUUGCAGGAGCAUAUAAAACGUUCCUGUUUGAUGGAUACGGCGUAGCAACGGGCGAUUUUGCGAAAUUUUCGAGUACCACAGAUGAUUGUACAACUCCAGGCAUCACCUUACUAAACAUUAAAAAGGAAUUUGAUGAUAUUAGUGAGAUGGCCAUAUUCCUGUAUGAAAUUUCAGGCACUACCUCAACUGGCACAUUUCAAGUAAGUGAUGACACGGAAUCCGUUGGACUUGGUCGAGUUUUAUGUUAUCGAUUUGGGAUCGAACCGUUUGUCUUGUAUGAAAACGUUUCUAUUGAUGUAAAAACAAUUUGGAGACUACAUCAGACGAACUCAAAGAACGGAGGACAGGACAAUGUUGUGGUUGUGAAUGAACCAAAGCAAAUGACGAUUGAUGGCGUUGGUAUUGGUGUCAAAGAUUCGUUAAAAUUUGUAAGCAGGGAAGCAAAAAGUAGCGAUGCUGAUUGCGUCGAUUAUCCGGCUCAAGGUUACACUGAUGGUCAUCAGCUUCAAGUGGCUGAGGAUUUGACAGUGACGCUAUUAUUUGAGUAUGGUUCGAAUGGAAGCAUAUGGACCCUUUGCUACAAGUUUGAUGGCGAACCCUAUCGUAUGUAUACAACCAUUGUCUUUACCGUUAAGGAGAUAACAACGUUGUUAGACUACACAUUUCAGACAAUUGCAGGUUUGGGAGAAGUAGCGAUAAUUGGACAUCGUAAAGACUGGAAGCCUGUGGGCUCAGGAAUCCAGGAGGGGGACACAAUUAAAAUUGUGCCUCAAAGCGUAACAUCUAGCGCUGAGUGCGGUAGAGCCAACAGCAAUGUUGCGAGUGGAACUACGCUUAUGACUGUCGAUUCAAAAUUGACAUUCUCACAAACAAUUUCUGAAUUUCCAAGGUCGUCAACCGAUGUUUAUCACUUAUGCUACCAAUUUCAAGACGAACCGUUUACUUUUAUUCGUGAUUUUACGCUCACUACAUACGGCAUUAGCAGUCUUGAUCGUAAUGUUGUGCUUCAAAAUGCCGUGACAACGACUCUGAUCACUGGAUUUCAUACCUCAGAUACAGAUGAAUUGGGUUGGACAACAAAUUCUACCACAUGUAGCUCUAUGCUUGGACGUACGCAAGUAUUGGAGUCAAGAGCUACUCUGUAUUUCACCGAAACUUACUCGCAAUUGUACUUGUGCUAUAGUUUCAAUCACCAACCCUUUGACAUAUUUAGUAGCUUGACUCUUGCUGUAGUUCCAAGCGAAAUUUGGAUGCCUCAGAGUGUGUCGAUUGUCGCUGAUCAAAGUGCAACAAUUGCCGUCUUUGGAACAUUUGGAUUUACGCAGGGUAUCGAUCAAGUUGCGUGGGUGCCCUCAGACGUCACUGAGUGUUCAAUCGAUACAGUAGCUACUUAUGCAGAAGUCAUGCAAAGCGCUGUCACAAGUAUAACAAAAUCAGAGUCUGAUAUACCGAACGCGGGUGAGGCUCUCUUUAAUGUAAAGUACGUCGCACCUCGAAGCGGCAGCAAGAUCACAGUGACGGAUAGUUUUUCCACCUGGAAAUUGUGUUACCGUUUUGGUUCGACUCCAGCUUACGUUAUGUAUGAAAAGGUCUUGUGUACGGUUUUAGAUGUUACCAAGGUGCUAUUAGUCUCACAAGAGAUCACAACGAGUGGAGCUGUAGUGAACUUUGAAUUUGAUGGUGUUGGUAUUCAAGACUUAGACGCAGUGAAAUGGGUGGACGCUUUGACGGCUGCAAAUGAUGCAGACUGUAACCUUUUAUCUUCGGUUGGAGGCAGUAAGGUCACUGAUGUUGUCAACUCUCGCGCGACAUUUGAUUUCACAGAAACAAAGAAUGCUAUGGAUUUGUGCUAUCGAUUUCUGGGUCAUCCAUUUAAGCUGUACGCAACAAUUUCGAUCCAGAAAAUGACAAAGUCUGGAGCUAGUACUGUUCGGACCACAACCGACGAGACGAAGUAUGACGAAGAGGCUAUGGCGGCGUCAAGCGAUGAAUUCAAUCUUAAUCGAGAUGUAGCUACCGUAUCCUUGAAACUUGAUAAAGAUAUCAAUGAUAUCCCACCCGGUUCCAGUGCUGAAGCAGCAUUCAAAACGUCAUUUGUAGCGACGUUGGCGGCGUCGUUGGGGAUCGAUGUGUCUCGUAUUCACAUCACGGGAUUGGUGGCAGGUUCAGUGAUUGUUCAGUUUCAGCUUUUGGCUUCUGACAACUUUGCUGACUUAUCCGUGAAUGAGGUGGUGCAAACUCUUCAAAGUCAAUUACAGGACUCGAGCAGUCCUCUACUCUCAAGUAAUGUCGUCACUGUCAAGAAUCCGUCAACUGCACUUCAAGUGACCGUCACGUCAGUCCUUGCACUAACGACAACAUCGUCUGUGGCACUUCAGGCGCUAGCAUAUCAGCCAAAUGGCCUCAUUUCGUUUGUUAAAAGUAUUUACAGUGUGACCGAAAAAUCAUCCAAGCUGACAAUUCCUGUCAUUCGUCUACAAGGUACUUCUUCAAUCUUGUUAAUUACUGUGAAGGUUCAGACAGUAGGGACAACAGCAAUUAUUGACACAGAUUACGCAUUUUCGGAUUCAACGACGUUUAAUGAGCACUUGAAGCUUAUUCAUCUACGCUUUGACAUUGGGGACUCGUUGCAGACUAUUGAAAUUAAUUUAGUGGAUGACGAUGUGAAAGAAGCUCAUUUUUCAACAAUCUUCUUAAGUUUACAACAGCCGCUGACGGCCGGAGUUUCUCUCGGCUCAAUAAAGGAGACUGUUGUUCGAAUUUAUGACUACGAGGAUGCGAUUCCACUUGCUGUUUCAAGUUUCAGACUUAAUGUCGAUCAGCCAGAAGACCAGCAAACGCUUCUACAAGCAUGGCAGGUGGUUGCAAAUGGAGAAAAUCUGCUACGAGUCGAUGGAAAUGGCAUAUUUGCAGUGGACGAAAUCAUUGGUGAAGCUGAGUACAAUGAAAAAUGCGAUUUUGCUGCUCCUACUGGCAUGUGUGCGUACGCAUGUGAAUGGGGCGAUGGUCUACCUUCUUCUAGUGAGCUAGUAAAUAGCUACAACGUGCUGUCGCUUGAUGGUGACGAUUAUGUAGCAAGCAUGAGUACCAUUCAUUCAUUCCCGUCUGAGGCAUUCACUGUAUCGCUCUGGGUCAAGACCAGCCAAACAGAUAUCAACGCAUGUCUUUAUUCGUACGCUGUGUCUUCUUCGACAACUCCAACUGUACCUUUAGCACUAUGCAAUCCAUCAAAUCUACAGCUUUAUAUCAAUGCAGUAAACAACAUCAGUGGAAUAGUCACUUCAGUCAAUAUCAGUGACAAUGCGUGGCACUUUCUUGCUGUUACAUGGAGUUCCGAAGAUGGUCGGGUGAGGAUUUUUGACAAUGGAAUAUUAGCAUUUGAUGGAGGAUCGUACCGACGAGGCAAAACGCUCGAUUCGAAUGGCUACUUUAUCAUUGGUCAACUGGUUCUUUCCAGUGCAUCAGCAACAUGUACAGUAGUAGCAGAAGCUCGUGCUCAGGCCAGCAGCAUAAGUGCUACAUCAUUUCUUACAGCUACCGAGGAUGUGAACUGCAAUGUUGUUGCAGAAAGUGGGUUUAAGGGUUGGAUUCAGCAUGUUCACAUAUGGUCACGAGUGUUGGCACGGUCAGAGCUUUUGGGAGAACUUGCGUGGCCUUUUCGGGUUGUCAGUAAUGGUCUCAUACUAAGGUGGAACUUUGACACACCUCAAUUAGUAUUGCAAGGUCGUGUAGUGAAUGAUCUCUCGAUGCGUGGCCAAGCAGACAAAAAUCCUGGUGUACUGAAUUGUAAGACGUCAAGCUCCCUGCAAUCAGCACCAAACGCUUUGAAUCAUACAGCAAAUAACUGUCUACUUCACGGCGUAUUGCCACGACUCGAUACCUCGUUUCCUUGUGGUCCUGUGUAUUCCAAUAUUUGGCACUUUACUGCUCCUGCAACUUUUGUUACUAAGCUCAAACUUGCGUACGGCGGCCGUCUUCAAUAUCGUCUCCUCGCUUCAAGCUUUAAUGGAACGCCACGACCUCGUCGUGGUCAAGUGUCAAUAUUUAGCACUAAUACUGCUGGUCUCCAAAAUCAGAUCUCAAUUGCGCUCGGCUCGUUCGACCUACCAUCAUUAAGUAAUUGGACGUACUAUUCCAUCGUGUUGCGUGAAGACUUUGGGUGGAUUACCGAACCAGAUGGAAAGACUCUUACUCUAGCCGACUUUAAGGAAAGUCUUGAUGGUGCAACAGCGCUUUGGAUUCGAGGUGAUAUCUGGGGAUACGACUCGACUGGACCUGGACAAGAAGUAGUCUAUCUAAACGACGUCGCACUCUACGGUCGAUAG